GUUGUUUGACAACAUGAGUGCACCUACUCUAGAGACUCAGAAACCAGAAGAAUGAAUUAAUGAGACUAACAGAACAAUGACAUCCACUGCAAGGACCAGCUUCACCUUGAUUCCUAACCAGAAAUACAGACGCAGUAACCGUCACUCCAGACAGCACUGCGACACCAUGGAUACAGAUCCCCAGACUCUGUCAACACUUGGAUAUUUUAAAACAUUGCCAUUAGAGAUAUUUCAAAUGCUAUUGAAUUAUCUCUCAGUGAAGGAUAUCAGCAUGCUGUGCAUGGUGUCAAAAACCAUCAGCAACCGCCUUAUUACUUACAUCUCAACCCCAUCAGGAAACCGAAGGCUGUUAUUGCAAGACUUUCAUAACAUUGAGCUACUUGGCAAGAGAGAAGGAUCCUAUAUAUUAGAGCACUACAAAUCUCUAGGAUUGUUGCUUAAAAGAUGCACACUUCUAUUACCUACAAAAGAUAGGCUAAAGUAUAUACACAAGAUACUCUCAGAAGUUUCCUGCUUUAAACUUAAUGGCUGUCCGAGUCCUUUGCACUGUUUAGGAUUACAGUGCUACGGGGUAUUUUUACAGAUCCUAACAGCAGGCUGGGAUGAACUGGAGUGUCACCGGGUUUUUAACUUCCUCUGUGAGCUGAGCAAUUUACCCCGUAAAGUACAGACAGUUGUCAGCAGCAAACCAGGAAGUGCCCGAAAGCUGGAGCUGCGGAUAAGGUUAUUCUGUCGUAGUGUCUUGUUGAACCACUGGAUUCAUCGAAGUGAUUCUGCAUUUUGGUUGACUCGUAUUUUAAAGCCAUGGCCGAUGGUUAAUCAAGCUCGCCUGUUGUAUAUCAUCUUUGGGCCAGUGUCCUCUCUUGAUGGACAUGUGGUUUGGCAGAAAAUGAUAGAAGGACCAACAGAUGAGACCAGUCUGAAAGGUCUAGCAGAUGCAAUUAAACUGCUGUAUGAUACAGAAGCUAGAGAAUGGACAGCAGACGAUGUUAUCAGUCUUGUGGAUGAGCUGUCAGUUGUUCCCCGGGAGUGGCUCAUGGAGAACAAUGCUCGGCUUCUUAUUCUGAGUGGAAACAACAUCUGCUUCACUUUCAUGGCCAGCAAAGCUGUGAAUGGAAGAGCUUUUGAGUUAGCCAGACUUGUGGUCUUCCUGGCUUUGGUCUGUGAGAAGGAUCUGUACUGCAUGGACUGGGCAGUAAAAAUGAUGCAGAAGGUCUGCAAAGUUUUCAGCACUCCAGGGGAGAGAAACAACUUUCUGCAGAGCGUGGAGAACGCCUUUGCUCAUAUGAUCAUGGACAUGCUACAGGCAGUACUGUCCGGGGAUCGCGAUGAAGAGGACAUCAGCUUUUUGAAUUUGUUUCACCUCAUAAAUGCACAAGCUAACUUCCAUAAGGAAAUCCUGUACCUGACCAUGAGAAGCAACACCAACGCUAUCUGAUGCUCUGAAUUGUACAGACUCUCGCUCUACUCCUGCUGGAUGUCUUUUCCCUUUAUUUAUUUUUAUUUUACUUUUUCACAUUUGCAUAGCAGUGCUUGGUUAUUUCUCUAAUUUCUACCCCAGUAAGAGCUGGAGUGACAGCAGGAGAAGCUAGUGGCAUACAUGUCAUAACAGCUGAGUGAGCUCAUGGAACGUAUUGGGGGACCUCUAACUGUUCAAAGGAGAGUUUUGCACAUCAGGCUCCUCUGAGGCUGUGUUCAGACGCGCUGAGGAAGCGGGCUGGGGGCCUUUGGUUUGGGAACAUAAACUGCAUUCUUUUCCCACUGUGUAUGUUUGCAUACGCAAUAAAAGUAACAUGGUUUUCAUAUUUGAUGCACAUACACAUAAUAAAGAAUGUUAUCUUAGGUCAGAACCAAAAGCAUUUUGAUCUUUUAAUUUUGUUUUCUCUUGGGAAUCCAAGGAGAAAAAAAAAAAAAAAAAAAAGAAAAAGCCAUAAUUAGAGAAGCACGGCUACAUUUUUUUCAGUUAGCCUGGGUCUCUCUCUCACUAACUCUUCCAUUCUGUGACAGAAGUGCUCCAUAGAUUGUUCAGUUUUGGCAGAAAGAGUUGAUUCGUGAAAACAAUUUAACUGUUUUGAUUAAGUAGUUUGAUUUUUCUUUUCCUUCAAACUCCAGGUGCCUUCUAACCAAUAAAGCAGAAGAAACUUCAAAUCCCUCCCCCAGCCCACUGUAGGAACUGAACUGUUAAAGUGUAUUUGCCUCUCAUAGGACUUAGCUAAGUUGAAGACAAGUUAAAUAAAACCACAUAGGCUAAAGUCACCAUUUCAGCAAGGUAUAUAAAUGUUUGCUACUUACAAAAACCUUUGAUUUUCUGCUAUAUUGCCUUCAAAACAAAAAUACGUAAUAUGUAAUAAA